GUACAAACACUUCCAAAAAAUUCUAUAUAAGACUCAACACGUUCUAUCAACGUCUUAAACGAGAAAAUGAUAUCUACGUUUUCAUUUGGUCAGUUGAUAACGAUUUAUUCAAUCAUUGUCCAUACAUGGGAAUUUUUCGACUGUCAUGAAUUUUGUGAAGACGCUGAUUUACUUAGUCAAGCAAAAAUAAUUUCCCAAAGUGAUACACAUAAAUAUUCUCAUUAUUAUCACUAUUCCCAGUUCAUUCGUUCUAAUCAGCCCUCUCCAAUUGUUAGUGAAAAUUUUGAAAAAUUGGAUGGUGAGAAGCAAAUAAAACUGAAAUUCCCCUUUAAAUUUUACGGUGCUCAUUUCUACUCAGUAUAUAUAGAUGCUCGCGAUGAAAUUUAUGUGGAAGUAACAGAUGAUUAUAGAGGAAUUGCAAAUUAUAUCAACGACAGUUUUGUGUGUGAAAAUGAGAUUUUGAAUGGGGAUUAUAUAUUGAAGGCAAUACAGCUGAUACACUCGAAUGGGAAGAUACAUUUCUAUUAUGAGAACAUUCCUAGAGGACUUAAGGGAAAUGUUGUUCUGUCGAGGAUUAAUUAUUAUAUCUGGUGUGGGAUUGAAGGUUAUAAAGGGCCUCAGGCAGUUGUUCCUUCUGAAUGGAUCACAAAUGGAACACUAGUGGAAUAUGAAGUUCUCGGGGAUUGUCCAAAACACAAUUCGACUGCAGCAUGUCAUGACGCACCAACAUCAAAUACAAUGUGUAUUUGGUGUGAGAAAGCCAAUGCAUGCAUUACUAGCAAUGAUAAGGACGUUCAUGACUUAAAAGUAAAUGGUUGCCAGAUUAAAAACAUGACCACAGAUACAAUUGAAGACACAGGGGAAAGAAAAUCACCGCAAUACGUGUAUAUCGUUGUACCAUUAGUUAUAUCUUUCCUUAUUGUUUGCAUUGGUUGUGGUAUUUGGCUAUGGUUCCACAGAAGGAAGAGAGUUUAUCCAUAGUCCCCACAAACAGCGUGUCAAUUGUUUUUAUCAAGUUCACUUUGUUAUUUUCAUUUUGUAGUUAAGUAAACACACUUUCUAUUCUGUUAAUCAUUCCAAUACAUUGAAGAUUGUUUCAUGCAACCGCCUGUCACAUUGAUGAUUGUUUAUGUAAUGACUGAUGUCACUUUGGUGGGA